AUGUUGACCUAUGGCCGUGCAGCCUUUGAGUCCUCACUCUUCGUCCUGGACCUCUUGCAUUUGGACUUCUCCUUCUUCUCACAAGCAGUUCAAAGACCCGAAUCGGCAUCGUUGGCCUCUGGAAAAGCGCGAUUUGAUCCUUUCGUAUUGGCCUCAGACUCUCUCCACCUGGGCUUCACCUUCUUCUUGCAAAGCUUCGGACGACCGGGUUCGGGCUCCUUGGUUUGGGGCAAGAGCUGCUUCGGUUUGACGGUUUCGGUCUCGGAUCCUUUACAUUCGGAUCUGCUGCUGUUCAUGAGAUCUGUUGCACAUCUCGACUUCUUCGUGCCAGCCAUGAACUUUGUGAAGUUGGAUUUGGUCAUGUUCCUGAGGAGUUUCGGUCACCUGGCAUUCGUGGCGUCGCUCUUUGACUUCAUAAAGUCGGGACUGUCCUUGUCUUCGCAACACUUGGCAUAUCUGGAACUCGCUUUGUUCGCUUGUGGAUUGGUCUGCAUGGACUUCUUCUUAUUCACUUGCGAUCUGGUCACCUCUGGCUCCUCACCCUUGCUGCGGAGCCAUUGCCACUCAGGCUCCACCUGCUUGCUCGUCACCUUCGCACAGCUCGGCUUCUUCACGUUUUUACGGAGUCGGUUUCGUCCAGACUUGGCAGCAUCGAUCUUCAUGUGGACGCGCUUCAGCUCGUCGGUGUCCCUCUUCGACUACCUACACUCGGGCUCGGCGACGUUGUCGCGAGCGAACGUGCAGUUGGGCUCGGCGUUUUCCGCGUUCUCACGGGUGAAGCUGGACUCCAUGAUGUCACUCUUUGAUUUUGUGAACUUCGAUCCCUUCUCAUCAGCACACAGCUUCAUGCGCUUGAGUUCCACUGCUUCCGUGGUGAACUAUCAACACAUAGGUUUGUUCAUACCCUUGCAGGCCAUUAGUCACCUGGAAUUCCCAUCUCCCGCCUACACCUCCAUGCGUUUAGAGCCUUUGCUCUUGGUCUUGGACUUCGCACACCUUGACUCGGCGCUCUUCACGCGAGGCUCCACGUGCUUGGACAGCUCCCCGUCGGUCUACGGCCUUUCGAAGUUGGAGUCCUCCUCAUUGGCCUUGGACUUCGUGCACAUGGGCUUCUUCACGCCUUUACGCAGCUCCUCGCGCACGGGCCUCUCCUCGUCCGCCUACGGCAUGACGUUACCGGAGUCGCCCCCCUUGGCGCUGGACUUCUUGGUCUUGGGAUCCUCCGCUUCUUCAAGGAGUUCCUCUCACUUCGAGCCAAGAUCAUUCGUCUUCAGCCGCGUGACGUUUGAGCCAAUGAUGUUGAUUUUGGAUCUUGUGAAUAUGGACUUACUCUUGUCACUACAAGCAUCUGGGCAGCUAGGCUUGACCAUCUUUGCUUAUGGCAUGGUGUGUUUGGACUUCACCUUGCUGGUUCUGAACUUCGCCUUAGUCAGCUCUUCCGUCUCAUUGCGGAGCUUUGCCAGGCUUGAGCCGCUGCUGUUUGCUUAUGGCUGCUUCAGCCCCUCAUCCUGUGGCAAAGCUCGCAUUGGCUCCUUCUUGUUGGUCUUAGACUCCUUACACCUUGGCUUCCUCCUGCCGAUCCGUAGCUCCAGUCGGGUAGGCUUCGCAGCUUCAGCACUGGACUCUUUGCACCUCGGCUUGGUCUUAUUUCUCCGUUCCCUCGCACGACUGGACAGCACCUCACUGGCACUGGACUUCUUAAAGCCCGGAUCCUUGGCCUCGUCGCGGCAAUCUGCGCGCUUCGAGUUCUCCGUGUUGCUCCUAAGCCGGUCACGCUUGGAACUGAUGCUCUUGACGUUGGAUUCCGUACACUUGGACUUCCUGGUGCUUCUGAAGAGCUAUCUUUGCUUGGGCUUGGCUCCUCCGGUCCUGGAUCUCUUGCAUUUGGGCUUCUCAACUCCUUUGCAAUCCUUCUCAUGCUUGGAAUUCCUGUCUUUGGUGAUCUUGAAGACGCAAUUGGGAUUCAGCUUGCUUGUCCUUGAUUGCGUGCAACUCGCACUCUCGCUGUCGUCCCGAGCAACUGGUCGGUUUGGCUUGGCCUCAUCACUUUUGGGGGAAGCUUGUUUGGAAUCAUUUCCAUCAAUUCCGGACUUCACUCAAUUGGGAUUCAGUCUAUUCUUACGGAGCCUCCUUUAUCUCGAACUCUCCCUGCUAGUUCUUGACCACACCCGCUUAGGUCCUUCACCUUCACUCCACAGCACGGCCCAGUUGGGAUUGGCGGUCUUCGCCCUGGACUUCUUACAUUUGGGCUUAGCUCCUCCUUUACAAUCCUUCUCCUACCUCGACUUGCGGCUGUCCACCAUGAGCAAACUUCGACCCGACUCGUUGACCUUCGCUUCAGACGACUUGGAGCUGGACUCCUCCUCCUCGCCACGCUCCUUCGCGCGCUUCGGGCCAGCAUCACUGGUCUCGGACCACGCACGUUUCGCCCCAGGGAUCUCCUUGCGAGGGUACCUACGGUCAGAGCUCCCGAUGUCCAUGCUCGGAUUGGCACGCGUGGGCUUGGUCUUCUCGUUGUUGGUGAUUGAUGCAACCUUGUUGGAAUUAUUGUCGUUUGUGAGGAGCUUUUGUCACGCGGACUUGUCCAUGUCGGUUCUGUCCCAUGCACGGUUGGCAUUGUUGCUGUUGGUGAAGAGCUUUGCAUGGUCGGGGUUGGCAGCUUUGGUGCUUGAUCUUUUGCAUUUGGGGCCCUUCUUAUUCAUGAGAAGUCUUGUGCAUACGGGACCAGCAAUGCUGGCUCUUGACCUUCUGCAUUUGGGGUCCUCCUCGUCCCUACAAUCAUAUUGUCAACUGGGCUUCACUGUCUUGGUAAUCAGCAGAUCUUGUUCAGAGCCAACAACGCUGGUGCUUGAUGCGGUGACUUUGGGUUCACUGCUGUCCAUACAAAGCCUCAGCCGUUCAGGCUCUGUGAUGUUUGCCGCGGACUUCAUUCAGCCUGAGCCUUUGAUGUCCUUGAGAAGCUUCAUCUCUUUGGUGUCGGAUUACGCCAAGCUUGAUCCCUUCUCUUCACCCAGAUCCUUUGCUUGCUUUGGCUUCGUCUCGUUUGCCUUCCGCUGGAUGAGUCUGGGAUUGUUCUUGUUCGUCUUAGACUUCGCCAAGCUGGGCCUCGGUCCAUCUAUUCGAUCCUUUUCACAGCUAGAGAUGUCAACCUUCAUCUCGGACCUUGCACAUCUAGAGCUUCCCCUAUCACUGAGAAGCUCUGGCUGCUUGGGCUUUGCCUUGUUCCUGGUCGCGAAGGUGCAGUUGGGCUUGAGAUUGCUAGUUUGUGAUUGGGUCAAUCCGGGUCUGCCGAUGUCUUCGCGGAGUUAUUCACGGUCAGGGUCGAAUCUUUCAGCUUUUGGACAUGCACACUCAGAGCUGAUGCUGCCCUUGCAACAUCUCAUGUGUUUGGACCUGACGAUCUUCGCCGUCUCCACUGCCCGACUCGAACUCUUUCUGUUCACACUCGACUUCCCGGCUUUGGAGUUCUCCCUGUUCACUCGGAGGCCUCUCACGUCACCACAAAGUUCCGCAAGACUUGACUUUGCAGCUUUGAUCAUUGACCUCCUGCGUCUCGACUUCUCCUUGCUUCCCCACACCAUUGCACGUCUCGGUUUGCCCUCUUCCAUCAUGGGCUGCCUACGAAUGGGAUCCACGCUGUCGGCGUUGGAUCCUUUGAAUACGGGUUUCCUCCCAUUGGUGCGAUCCCUCACACGAGCAGAGUCUUCGGUUUCGGUCCCUUGGUCCAGUCGGAUGGGCUUCUCGUUGUUCUUACGAAGCCAUUCAUGGUUGGGAUCCGUUCCUUUGGCGUUGGAUCCUUUGCAUUUGGACUUCUUCUUGUUUCUACGAAGUACGAGCCACUUGGGCUUCUCAUUCUCGCUCUUGAGUCGCACCGAGGUGGACAGCUUCUCGUCGGCGUUAGAUUCUUUGCACUUAGACCUCUCGGCCUCCCUUCGAAGCUUCAGUCGCAUGGGCUUGUUGGCAUCCGUCCUGGACUCUGCACGCUCUGGCUUUCCGGCUUCGAUUCGGGGCUUCACAUGCUUGGGCCUCAUGUUGCCGGUCAUAGGCCUGGCUUGUUUGAGCAGCGUGUUCUUCCUGCCGGUGAUGGAACUCACUCACUUCGACUUCUCCUUGUUCUCGAGAUCCUUUGCUUGUUUGGAACCCUUGGUGUUGGUCUCGGACUUCUUACACCUUGGAUUCUCUUUGUUGCUUCACACCAUGAGCCGACUGGAAUCAUCAGCCUCCGUCUUUAAGCUUGCUCGAGUGGACUCGACUUCAUUGGUCUUAGAUCAUAUCCACACGGACUUCUUCUCGCUGUUGCGUUCCCACGCACAUUUCGACCUGGCCAUGUUAACCUUGGACUUCUUAAGAUUAGGCUCUUUGCUUUCCAUGCGACAGCUCACACGGCCUGACUUCUGCUCUUUGGUGCUGCGGGUCUCACAGACUGAAGCUUUCUUGUUGGCUUUGGACUUUGUGAAUCUGGCACUAUCACCAUCCGUACAAAGCUCCGUGUGUUUGGGCUUGGGAUUGCUGAUCUUGGACUUCUUGCAUUUGGACAGCUUCUCGUUGCUGCGAGGAUUCAUUCGUUCUGAUUUUACUCCGCCGCUGAUAGGAGCUGGAUGUUUGGGUUCCAUCUUGUCGGUUCUUGACUUCGUGCCGCCAGGCUUGUCGCUACUUCUGCGGAGUGCGCUACGAUUUGAACUGCUGCCGUCCGUGCUGGACUUCCUGCAUUCAGAGCUGUUGCUGUUGCCACGAAGCUUCGUACAACCAGGACUAGGCUUCUUGAUUUUCGACUCCACCCGCUCGGGAUUGUCUUCACUGAUCCUGGACUUCACCCACCCGGAGUUGUUGUUGCUUGCCCGAUCUUUCUUCCAAGUGGACCCAUUUCUGCUAGCCUUCGACCUUGCGCAUUUUGACUCGGUGUUGCUCUUACAAAGCUUCUGCUGUUCAGGUCUCUUACCUCCAGUCCUUGACCCUUUGCAUCCGGACUUCUUCUCGUCCUCGCACAGCGCAGCCCGUUUAGGAUCCACCACCCUGAUCAUGCAACGCGCCAAAUCCGAGAGUUUCUCGCCGGCCUUGGACCUUUUGCACCUGGGUUUGUCCUUCUUUUUACGGCAAAUGGCGCACUUCGGUUCGAUGCUCUUCGCCUUUGGUGCCGUGCGACUGGAGUCCUCGCUCUUGAUUUUGGACCUCGUGUUGUUGGGACUCUUGAUUUUCUUGCACUCCUUCGCACGCUUUGAAAGCAUCACGUUGGUCUUGGAGAGUUGUCGCAUCGACUCACUUUCGUCCUCAAGGCAACUUGUUCGUUCAGGCUCCUUGCUGCUUGUCCUUGGCGUCGCGUGCAUGGGCCUGCCGACCUUUGUGUUGGACUAUGUUUGGUUGGAAUUGCCAGCAUCCUUGAGAUCAGCCGCACGGCUUGAGCCUCUUUUUCUGGUGCUUGAUCUUGCUCAUUUGGGUCUCUUUGCCUCGUUGCAAAGCUUAGCUCGGAUCGAACCAGCACUUCUGACCCUCGACUUUUUAAGGCCAGAGUUUCCACUGUUGGCGCAACAACUCGUCCGCUUAGGCUUCAUCACGUCAGCUUUGGGAUUAUCAUGCUUCGAGUCUGUCUUCUUGAUGUCAGUGACCGAUCAUGCCCAUUUGGACUUCUUGAUGUUUGUCAGGAGUCCUACAUGCUGUGGAUUCGUCUUGUUGGUCUUUGACCUUUUACAUUUGGACUCUGCCUCGUUCGUGCAACAGUUUGCUCGAGUGGGCUCAGCAGUAUCAGCAUCAGACAUGUUAAGGUUGGGCUUUCCACCUUCCUCGCGAAGUCUCAGCUGCAUCGGCUUUUGCUUUUUGCUCUUCGGCCUGUCACGCAUGAGUUCACGUGUUUUUGCCCUAGACUUUGUGAUGUUGGACUUCUCGAUGUUUAUUCAUAGCUUUGCAUCGCGGUCUGGCUUCUUCCUAUUGACCUCGGACUGUGCACACUUAGAGUUGCUGGUGCCCGUGCGAACAUAUGCUCGUUCGGGCUUGGUUCCUUUCGUUCCAGACUUUAUUCCGCCAGACUUCUCCUUGUCGAUCCGAUCGCUCACACAACUGGACUUGGCAGUCUUGAUCUUGGACCUUGUGCAGAUAGAGCCCUCAGCCUCAUCGAAGAAUCAUGCGCAUCUGGGUUCCGCCUCGUUGGUACUGGAUCUUUUGAUCUUGGGCUCCUUGUCACCAGCACAGCCGAGCUCGGCUCGGUGGUUGGUCACGGCCAUGGGGUCAGUCCAUGGCGUUGGCGGCCGGGAAGUUCCGCAUGGGCUCCAUCCCAUUGCCUUCGGACCACGUGCAGUGCCCUGGCGGAAGGAAGGACUGGACGGAGGCAUUGCUUGCUUGGCACCGCUGCUGCCGACUUUGGAUUGGGUGACAUUAGACUUCGAACUCUCUGUACGGAGCCUUGCUCGAUUGGACAGCGCGGUGUUUGUCUUGGACCAUUUGCGAUCAGACUCCAUCCUGUUCUUGCAAUCUUAUGCCUAUCCAGACUUGACGCCAUCUGUACCUGAUCUGACACAUUUGGGGCCACCCUUGUUGGCCAGGAGCCACUUGCGCUGUGCACCACCACUGUUGCUUUCGGACCUUCUGCAUUUGGACUUGAGCCCUUUUUCGCGAAAUCUCGUUCACAUGGACUUCAGCUCUUUAGUCUUCGGUCUGUCUUGCAUGGGUUUCAUGCUUUUGGCACUGGAUCUUGCCAUCUGUGGACCGUCUGCUUCUCUCCGAAGCUUCCUCCAAAUGGGUCCAGCAGCUUUAGUCUUAGACCUUUUGAAGCUUGAGCCCUUCUUGUUCUUGCAACAACUUAGCUACAUCGGCUUGAGCUUCUUAGUCUUUGGCAUGAGCUGUUUGGGACUGACCUUGUUUUCAUUGGACCCUGCACACUUGGCCUCCUCAGCGUCCGUACACAGCAUGUGCCGCUUGGGAUCCUUAAUGCUGAUCUUGGACCCUUUGACUCUGGGCUCCACGAUGCCGGCGCACAGCUUCACCAUGAUCGGCCCCGCGUCGUUCUUGCGCAUGCUCGCGCGCUGCGGGAGCACCUACUCGAUUUUUGGUAUCAUGCGCUUGAGCUUCAUGAUGCUGGUCUUGGAUUAUGCCAAUUUGGGCUUCUCCGUGUUCGUCCACAGUUUGCUUUGCUUGGCCUUCUUCCUGUCAGUUCUGGACCUUUUGCACCCGAACUCCUCCAUUUCGCCACAAUCACUCUGCCGCAUCGGUUUCGCCUCCUUUUUAGUGCGCCAAUGCCGUGCCGGGCUGCCAACCUCGCUUUUGGACAGCACACGCCUGGACUUGUUUUUGUUUUUGAGGUCAUGUGCAAAGAUGGGAAGCGUCGCGCUGGUGUUGGACCUUCUCCACUUGGGCUUCCUGUUGCCUUUCCAAAAGCCUGGCCGCUUGGGGCCCACCUCUCUUUUGCUGGGAAGGUGCCGCCUUGACUUCUUGUCGUUGGUCUUGGACUUCGUGAAGUUGGGCUUCUCCACUUUGGCCAGAAGUUCAGCUCGUUUGGGCCUCUGCAUGUUCGUUCUGGACUUCCUGCAUCUAGGCUCAUCCUCCUCUACUCGUGGUCCCUCUCGAGCAGAUCUUUUCAUGCCCAUCAUUACUAGAACUCGUUCUGGAUCAUUCUUGUUGGUCCUGGAUUCUGUGCAUUUGGGCUUGACGAUGUCGGCACGAAGCUUCAACAGCUUUGGUUUUCUGUCGCUUUCCCGAAGCUUCGCAUGUGUAGAGUUGGCUUUCUCACCCUGUGGUAUUGCCAGAUCGGGCUUCACCUUGUUCCUUUCGGACUUUGCAACCUGCGAAUCAUCCAUUUCCAUCAGAAGCCUCUUCUGCAUGGACUUGGCAUGUUCAGUGUUGGACCCUUUACAUUUGGACUUCACCUUGUUUAUUCGAGGCCCAGGACAUUUGGAGUUGGUCUUUUUGGUCUUUGGGCUAGUGAGGUCCGAAAGUACCCUCUUCAUCUUGGACAGAGUCUACUUGGACUCCUUCUUGCCCUUACGAUCGCUUUCUCAGUCGGGCUUCGCAGUAUUGGUCUUGGACUUCUUGAAACUUGGCUUGAGCCUUUUGAUGCAAAGCUUUGCAAGACUUGACCUGCUCUCUUCGGUCAUCAUGAGAACACGCACGGAACCCUUCCUACCGAUCUUAGAUCCUGUGGCACUUGGCUCCGUGCCGUUCUUCCAAUCCUUUGCUCGAAUGGAUUUGGCCUUCUCCAUUUUCCAAUGCAUUCGCUUCGGGUCGGCGGUAUCACCCUUGGACAGCGCACGUUCAGAGCUCUCCUUGUUGCUGAGAAGCUUUGUGUCGACGGCACGCUUCGAGUCUUUCAUGCUAGUCUUGGACCUUCUACACCUCGAGCCCAGCUUAUUUCUCCGUUCCUUCAGCCAUCUGGGCUUCGCUUCUUUGCUGAUGCAAGUGGCUCGCAUGGACUUGUCUUUGUCCAUUUUGGACCUCGUGAACUUGGACUUGCCGCCGUUGAUCCAAAGCUUCGCCAUGCUCGAAUCCAACUCACCAGUCUUGGACUUCCUGCACCUGGGGCUCUUGAUGCCCUUGAAGAGCUUUACGCGCAUGGGCUUGAGCCUCCUGAUCUUCAAAUCAGCUCGCUUAGGUUUCAUGACGUCGGUACUGGACCUUGUGCACUUGGGCUUGAGCAUCUCGAUUCAAAGCAUGGCCCGGUCCGAGCCCAUCUCGUUGGCCUUGGAUCUUUUGCACAUCGGCCUCCUGACGUUGACACGAUCUCCAGUUUGCUUGGGCUUGGCAUUCUCGCUCUUCCAAAGGUCAAGGCCUGAAUCUUUGCUAUCCAUCCUGGACUUCACCAUGUUAGGCCUUUUCAUGUUGAUUCACAGCUUUGGAUGUUUGGACUUGGCCUCCUCCGUCUUCUGCCGUGGGCGCUUCGGCUUCUGCAUGCCAGUCUUGGACCACGUGCAUUCGGAGAGCAUCUCAUUGGUCCGAAGCUCCGUGCGAAUGGACCUGGCGCCCUUGGUGUUGGACUUCCUCCAUCUGGGACUUCCGCUGUUUUCGCAUAGCAUCGGCUGUGUUGACUCUUGUCUCUUAGUCUUGGACUUCCUCCAUCUGGGUCUCUUCACGUCACCCCGAAGCUACUCCCACAUGGGCUUCUUGCUACUGGCCCUGUCAUUCGUGCAUCCCGGCUUCUUGCUGUUCUUACACAGCAUGGCUCAACUGGACUUCUGUGUGUCGGCCUCCGACUACUUGCGCUUGGACUUCAUGGUGCCUUUGCGUUCCGCCGCCUGGUCCGGCUCGUCGAUCCUGGUGUUCAACGUCUUCCGCACGGGCUUCACGCCGUUGAUCCUGGACCGGGUGACGUUGGGCUCCACGCCUUUGGCGCGCUCGGUGGCACGCUUCGGCUUGCCCGUCUUCGUGUUGGAUUUCCUGCAUUUAGGGUCCACCUCGCCGGCACGGGGAUCUAGCAGUUUGUCCUUUCAGUCGUUGGCACAAACCGACUUGGCCUUGUCAGUCUCCGAUUCUUCACAUCUCGACUUGCCUUUGCCCCUUCGCAGCUCCACCCAGCUGGAAUUCUUCACUUUGCCGUUGGACUCUUCUCUCCUGGAGUCUUUGAUGCCCUUGCAGGCCUUUGGAAGGCUGGGAUUGUCUUCCUUCUUGCUCGACACGAUCUUGCUGGGACCUUCGACGUUGACGCGUGCCUGGGCAGAUAUGGGCAAAGGGCAGAAGGCAAAGAUGCUCUUCAGCUCGCAUGGGAAGCUCCUUGUCCGUCGGGAAGCUCGGAUGGGAGUCCUGGACCUGGUGCAUUUGGGCUUCAGCUCGUCGAUCCGCAGCUCUGUGCGCUCGGACCUUCCGGCGCCGAUCUCGGACCUCCUGCACACCGGCUCCGCCUUCUUGACGAGGUCAGCCUUGGACGUGGUGAUGUUGGGACCCACCUCGUUGGCACAGUCCUUGAUCAGGAUGGGUUUCUCGGUGUCGGUCUUGGAUUCCGUCGACAUUGGCUUGGCGCUCUUUCUACGAAGCCUCGCAUGCCUGGACUCCUCCUUCUUGACCUCUGGCGAGGUGCGCAUGGGAAGCUCCAUGUCGGUGCUGGACAAAGUCCUCAUCGGCCCCACCUUGUCCUCGCGGUCACCCGCACAGCCCAGCUCCUCCGCUCCGGUCUUGGAUUUUCUCCACCUGGAGCUGCUUGGGCUGCACGUUCGCCACGUCCUCACGACCCAGACCUUGGGACGUACUCGUGUGGGUGGGAGCGUACUUCGAACCGCGCGCGAAGUCCGGUCCUCAGCGCUGCUGCGAUCCUAUGCGCAGUUGGACUUCUCCGCUUUCAUCUUGGACCUCAGCCAUCCAGCCUUCUUCACGAGCUAUGCAUAUAUGGGCUUCGCCACCCUUGCGUUCGACUUCACGCACGUGGGUAGCUCAUUUUUGCUCCGCAGCAUCGGUUGCCUGAACCUUUUGCCUUUGGUGUCGGACGUGAGCUUUUUUGGAUCCGUACUGCCCAUCCGGAGCCUUGCAUGUGCUGGAAGCGCGACUUUGGUGCUGGAUCCUAGCAACAUAGAACUGCUCAUGUCCGCACGAUCCUUUAUUCACUGUGACUUGGGCAUGUUUGCCUUGGACUUCUUACAUUUAGACCUCUCAUUGUUCUUGCGCUCUAUGGGAUGUUCAGACUUGGCUUUCUCGGUCUUUGGGCUUUCAUGUUUCGAGCUGAUGUCUUCGCCUUUGGACUUUGCUCAGCUGGGCCUCGCGGCUUUUGCCCGGAGCUUCGCAUGCUUUGGCUUGCCCUUGUCAGCCUCCGACUUCGGGCGCUUGGGUCCUGUCUUACUGCCGCAUGGCUUUGAACGUGUGGGAUUGGCAUCUUCAGUCUUUGGCUCGUUUAGACCAGAGCUUUUCCUGUCCAUCUUAGACUUUGUCAGUUUGGGCUUUCCCUCGUUGACACACAGCCUCGGACGUUCGGGGCCUUUGUCGUCCGUCUUGGACCACUUGCAUUCGGGACUGACCACCUUCAUGCGAAGCUCCGCGCGGUUCGGACCUCAGAUCUCUACCUUCAGCAGGAGUCGCUUUGAAUCCUUGCUUUUGGUACUGGACUUCGUUCACUCGGACCCGUUGAUUUCCAUGCUGUUAGUCUUGGACUUUUUGCAUAUCGGAUUCCUCAUGCCGCCCAGAAGUGUCGUGCAAUCCGGCCUGGGUCUCUUGGCGUUUGACUUUUUGCACCUGGGUUCCACGUCACCCACACGGUCAAUGGCACGACUGGGCCUCAUGCUUUUGCCCUUGGGCAAAGGCUGCUUCGGACUUACCUCGCUGGUCAAGAGCUUCACCACACUCGACUUCUCCUUCUCUUUGUUUGGACUGGCACGCCUUAGCUUCUUUUUGCUUGUCCUAGAUUUCACAGCUUUUGACUUGUUCCCUUCACCCCAAAGUGUGGCACACUCAGAGCUUUUGGUCUCGGUCUUGGACUUCUUACAUACAGGAUUCUUCAUUUCAAUGCACUCCUUGACUCGUGCCGGCUUUCAUCCUUCGGCCUUCGCGAGAAACAGCCUCGGACUCUUCUCGCUGGUGUUGGACUACCUGCACCUGGAGUUCAUCUUGUCGCUUCGCAGCUUCGCACAUAUGGAGCUAGCCGUGCUGGCCUUGGAUUUCUUGAAGCUCGAACCUUCGUUGCUAGCACAAAGCCUCAGCCAUUCAGGUUCAACACUCUUGUUCUUUGGAGUGUCAUGCAUGGGCUUCCUCUUCAGCCUAUCGGUGAUUGAGUCAGUAAGGCUUGAUUUGUCAUCAUUCAUUCAAAGCUUCACAUGGCCAGAGCUGGUGGUUUUUACCUUGGACUUCUUGCACAUGGCCUUCUUUCUGUUUUCACACUCUUUCGCACAUGCAGGGCUGCUGUUUUCGAUCUCUAGUACAGUUUGUUUAGAGCUCAUGCCGUUCAUUUUGGAUCAUGUAAAGCCAGGAUUCCUGAUAUCAGCACAUAGCACAGCUCGAAUGGGAUCGGUGGUGCUGGCGUUGGACCCUUUACAUUCAGGCUUCUUGUCGUUCACUCGAAGUGUGUCGCAGCUGGGCCUGGUGACAUCCAUCUUGGAUUUCUUGCGGAUGGACAGCUCGCUGUUUUUGCGAUCCUUCGGGCACUUGGACUUGGCCACGUCGAUCAUGUCAGUGAGCCGCUUGGGCUCUUCCCCCUUGGUGUUGGACCAUGUGCUUCUAGACUUCCUUCUGCUUGCACGGAGCAUGGUACAAUUGGACUUGGCACCAUCAGCUUUGGAUAUGGCGCAUCUGUCUAGCUCGUCAUCCUUGAGAUCGUUUGCUUGCCUUGGCUUGGCCGUGUUUGCAUUGGAUUCUCUUCACCUGGACUUCUUGAUGUUGCCCCGCAGCCACGUUUGCUUUGGUUUGUCUCCAUCGAUUUUCGGCCUGGUUUGCUUGAGCUCCAACUUGUUUGCCUUGGACCAUGCCAUUCCUGGCUUUGCGCUCCUGCUACGCUCCUCAGCUCGUCUGGAGACAUCAUCGCUGGUGCCAGAUCUCUCACAUCUGGACUUGUCUCCACCUUUGCGCUCCAUGGCACACUUCGGCUCCCUGCUGCUGGUCUUGGACCUCUUACGCCUGGACUCCACGAUGCUUUUGCGGAACUCCACUCCGCCGUUACACUCCGUGACCCGCUUUGGCUUCACCGCAUUGGCUUCGGACCUUCUGCAUUUGGGCAGCUCCUUGUCGACCCGAAGUCAUGCUCAUUUGGGUUCGCUCCUAUUCAUGCUGGGCAUGUCCCGUCUCGAGCCUCUCUUCCCUCUAUCCGUCGUCGAGUGUACACAUUUCGGCCUCUCGAUGUCCUUACGAAGCUCGGCGCACUUCGACUUGGCGGCGCUGGUGUUGGACCCUUUGCAUCUGGACUUGCUGCCCUUCUUGCGGAGCCAUGGCCGAAUGGGUCCAUGUGUAUUGGCACUGGACUUCUUGCAUUUGGGCUUCAAUUCGCCCGCGAAGAGCCACCAACGUUUCGGUUCCUUGCUGUCCAUCUUGGGCUUGGCGCACUUGGGCUCCACGUCGCUGUUGCGGAGCAUGGCACACUCGGGCUCUUCCGGCUUGGUGCUGGACUUCCUCCAUUUGGAGCCGUCGCCCCUCUUGCGCUCCUUCGCACGAGUGGACUCGGCAUCCAGUAGUGUGGGGCUGGCACGUUUGGGAUCCGUAUCGUCGAUUCUGGAGCGCUUGCAUUUGGACUUCAUGGUCUUCUUGAAAGGAUUCGCCUGCUUGGGUUUCGCCGUGUUGGCACUCGACCUUCUGAAACUCGACUUCUCCUUGUUGCUGCACAGCCUCGCUUGGUCAGACCUCUCCCUCUUAGUUUCUGGUUUGACCUGCUUAGCUUUCAUGGCUUUGGCCUCGGACUUUGCACACACGGAGCUCUUCUCGUUCACCCGAAGCAUGGCGUGCUUGGAGUUGGUACCACCAGUCUUGGACUUUCUACACCUGGACUCCUCCACGCCACUUCAAAGCCACGCGCGCCUGGACUUGGCCUCCUCCAUUUGCUCAGUGACGUCGGUCUUGGACUCCGUGCACACGGAGCUCUCACCCUCCGUGCAGUCCUCCGUUCACCUCGGUGCGGUGCUCGGGCUCCGACCGGAGGUCUUGGCCCACGACCUUGUUCAAGUCUUGACAGUGGGACUGUUCGAGGUGAGCGAGCUUGCCCUGAAGUACAAUAAUGUGGCACGCUAUGCCAGUGCCAUCGGGCCAGUCUGGCCUCUCCCAUCCCGCCGAGCAGCUCCUCGACGCAGCUCCUCGCUGCUCCUCACGUUUCCGAAACGGAUACGCUUGGUGUCGUCGGUGUUGGACCCUCUCCAUUCGGACAGCCUCUCGUCGGUCCGCUCCAUGGUGCGUUUGGGCUUUCUCUCCUCAGCCUGCGGUAUGAUGCGUUGCGGCUCCCCCGUGCUCGUGCGCAGCUUCGCCACAAUGGGCCCCGCCUCCUCGGUCCUGGGCAUGGCACGGCUGGGCUUCAGUUCGUUCGCGUCGGACCUCGUCCACCUGGGCUUCUCCCCCUCGGCGCGGAGCACCGUGCGGGCGGGCUCGGUCUUGGAUCUUUUGCACUCAGACUUCUUCUCGUUCCUCCGCCACAUCGACAGAUUGGGUUCGAUGCUCUUGCCCGUCGGCAUGGCACGCAUGGACCCGAUACCGUCCCUGCCCGACUUCGCCCACUUGGAGAGCUCCGUAUCCACCCGCAGCGCAGCACAGCCUGGCUUUGUGCUAUUGGCUUUGGAUUUCUUGCAUCUCGAGUUCUCUUGCCCAAUACGAUCACUCAGCCAUCCUGAUUUCUGCUUGCUGACCUUCGAUUUCUUACGGCCGGGACCUUCGCUCUUCGCACGCUGCUUUGGAUGGACUGGCUCAGCUUCACCGGCAUGUGGGAAGCUUCAACUGGAGCUGAGUCUGUUGGUCUUAGACCUUGUGCAUAUCAGCUUCCCCAUGUUCUUGAGGUCACUCGCCAAAUCAGGAUCAUCCCUGUCAGCCUUGGACUUCUUGCAAAUCGACUUCUCCUCUUUGACCAGGUCAUCUACAUACUGUGACUCCUCGUCAUCACUACUGAGCACGAUGUGCAUGGACACCUUGCUAUUCGUCCUGGAUUUGGUGUCCUUGGGGUUCCCCUUGUUGGUGCGAUCAUCCACUCAACCGAGCUUUGCUUCGUCCACUUGUUCACAGCUGCGACUGGGCUUGACGUUUUUGGCCUUGGACGCCGCAGAUCCGGGCCUCCCGACGUUGCUUCGAAGUUCAGCUCGGCUGGACUUGGUCUUGUUAGUGUUGGACCUCUUACACACGGACUUCCUCUUGUUCUUGAGAGGCCUUGCACACUAUGGCCUCACUCUCUUCUUGUUCAAUGAUCUUUAUUUCAAGACCGGAUGGGCAGAAGAGACCUUGCCGGUGCUGGGGCGCUCACGCUUCGGUUUCACGUCGUUGGUCCUGGACUUCGCCAUCUCCGAGCUGUCGCUGUUGACACGAUCCUCCGUGCAAUUGGGCUUCUUGAUGUUCGUGUUGGAUUUCUUAAGACUUGAACUCUUGAUUUUGCCGAGGAGCCACACGCGUCUGGGAUUUCACAUGUCUCUCUUUUCGAGAAACACUCUAGGUUUCACCAUCUUCCUCUUGGACUUUGCGAAUCUAGGAUUCUUCUUGCUGCUACAAAGCAUGGCAAGGUCCGAGUUGCCGGCACCCGUCUUGGAUUUUUUGCAUCUGGAACCAUCCUUCUCCUUGCGGUCCUUCUCAUACUUUGACUCCUCCAUCCCGACCCUUGACCUUGUGAAGACGGGCUUCUUGGCGUUUCUCAAGAGCUCAACCCAUCUGGACUCCGUCCUAUCCAUUUGCGGCCUCACUCGUUUCGGCUCGGUCGCUUUCGUCUUGGACCCCGUGAACUUGGACUUCUCGGCCUUCGCACGCAGCUGUGCGCGCUUGGCUCCCACCUCGUCGGCCUCCGACUUCCUUCACCUCGGCUCCUUCACGUCCAUCCGCUCCAUGGGGCACUUUGGUUUAUUGUCCUCGGUGAUGUCCUGCGCACGCUUAGAGCUGAUGGUCUCACUCUUGGAAUGUACACAUUUGGAGUCUCUGCUGUUGGCACGAGGCAUGGUAUGGAUAGAAAGUGUGAUGUCGGUCUUGAAAUCCAUGCACAUGGGAUUCUUGCCGUUCUUACAUUCCUUGGCUUGCUGUGAUUCUGCCAUGUUUGCAUGGGGCUCAACCUGCUUUGAUGUCUCCCCCUUGGUCUUGGACUGUAGCAUGUUAGGCUCCUUGAUAUUUCUCCGGAGCUUCAGCCGCACUGGUUUCGCCUUCUUGAUCUUCUCCACUGUUCAACUCGGCUUGGCACUUUCCGUCCUGGACCUCACCUCGUUAAGCUCCGCACCCUUGCCACGGUCGCUCGCCCAACCGGACUCCGCGAUGUCGAUUUUGGAAUCCAGCUCGUUGGGCUCGUCGCCGCUCCUGAAGAGCUACAUGCAUUUGGGAUCAAGUUCCUUCGCCUGGGGCUUGUUGCGCUUGGGCUUCAUCUUCAGCUUGUCCAUCGUGGAUGUCGCCCACUUAGAGUUCUCGCUGUUCGUGAGAAGCGCUGUUUGCUUUGACUUGGCCUUGCUCGUCUUGGACUUUGGUCAUUUGGGCUUCUUGAUGCUCUUGAGGCAGUUUGCAUGCUUCUCCCUCUUCGCUCGAUCGCUCGCGCAACUGGACUUCGGCAUGUCAGCCUUGGAGUUCGGUCGCUCUGGCAGCUUGUUGCUGGCGAGAUCCCAUUUCCACUUAGGCUUCGCUGCCUUAGUGUUCGGCCUCGGACGCAUGGGCUUCAACAUCUUGGCGUUGGAUUUCGUGGCUCCUGAACCCUCGUUGUUGGUGCAAAGUAUGGCCCAGCCGGGAUCUCCAUUGUUGGUCUUGGACUUUUUCAAACUUGGUCUAUCUCUGUUGCUUCGAGCCCGCUUCCACAUUGGCUUGGCCAUGUUCGUGACCGGCUUAAGCUGCGUGGGCUUCGUCUUCUCCCUCUUGGUGAUUGAAAGCACCAUGCUCGGUCCAGCACUCUCGCCACGCAGCGCCGCAUGCCUGGAGCUCUGUACGUCGAUUUUGGAUUAUGGCUUCAUGGGUUCACCCUCAUUGCUUCGCAGCCUUUUCUGCGGCGAGUCCUUUCCGUCGGUCCUGGACCUAGCACAUCUGGACUUCUUGCUUUUCGUGCAAUCGCCUGCCUGGUUUGGUUCCAUGCUGUUGGCAUCAGAUCCUUUACAUUCGGGCUUUCUCAUGUUCAUGCACAGCUUCGUCUGGCCAGACUUCAGCGUAUCGCCCAUUGGUUUGCAAUGCAUGGGCUCGGUGUUCGCAUUGUCAGUGGUCGAAUGUCUUCAACUGGGCCUUGUGACGUCCUUGCGCUCCUGCGGUCAACUGGAGCUUGCAACGUUGGUCUUGGACUUCUUGCAUUUGGGUCCUUCGAUGUUGCCCCGAUCCUUCUGUCAAAUCGGCUUCACCUCCUUAGCCAUGCAGCUGUGUAGAACGGAACUCGUGGUGCUGGUGCUCGACUUCAGCUCCAUGGGCUCUGUUUUGCCUGCAAGGUCCUUUGUUUGCUCAGGUUUAGCCAUUCUGAUCCCUGAUCUCACUCAUUUCGAUCUACUGAUGUUGGUACAUGCCGUGACGCGUUCGAACUCGGCGUUGUCCACUUGCGGCGUGCAGAGCCUCGGCUCGUUAUUCUUCCUGUCGGUGGUGGAUUGUGCAUAUCCCGGUUUGUCCUUCUCAUUGCAAAGUUCCGCACGUUUAGACCCCGUCUUGUUGGUCUUAGACUCCUUGCAUUCAGGUUUCUUCUCUUUUCCCAGAUCCAUUUCCCGCUUUGGUCUAUCGGUCUUGGCCUUUGACUUCCUGAAGCCCGAUUUUCCUCCACUUUUGCGCAGUUCCUCGCAAAUGGACUUGUUGGUCUUCCUGCUUGGUUUGUCCUGCUGUGGCUUUGUAUCCUCCUCGUCGGCUGUUGAGCAUGCGCAUCUUGAGCUUUUAUCACCUUCAAGAAGCCUCGCACGCUUUGGAUCUAUGCUUUUGGUGCUGGAUCUCUUGCAUAUGGACUCCCCAUUGUUCUUCCAAAGCCACACUUGUCAGGGGCCUUCCUUGCCACCCUGGGGCUUGACAUGCUUGGGCUUGGUGUCCCCGCUCUCGGUGAUCGAAUGCACCUCCUUGGGCUUAGUCUUGUCAAUCAGAAGCAUGGUGCGCAGUGACUUGGCCGCAUUGGUCUCAGACUCCUUGCACUUGGGAUUGGCCUCGUUGCUUCGUAGCCAUGCAUGGAUUGAUUUGAUGACUUUGGUGUUUGGGAAGUCUCAAUUCGAGCUGAACAUGUUGGUCUUGGAUCUUCUUCAUUUGGGUUUGCCACCCCCUUUGCGCUCCCUGGGCCAUUUCGGUCCUUCAACGUUGGUCUUGGACCUUUUGCAUCUGGGACUCACCGUCUUCCUACACGAGUUUACUCAAGCAGACCUUCCACUUUCACUGCCAGGCUUGGCUCGAGCAGGCUUUGUCUUCUUCCUACUGGUGAUCAGCAUGACGAAAUUGGAGUCGUCCCUCUUCUUACGCAGUCGCAUUCGGAUGGGCUUCGUCUCGUUGGUCUUUGAUCUUCUGCACCUGGGCCUGCUCCUGUUGAUGCGUUCUCCUGGCAGAACGGACUUGAUCAUGCUUUUGUGGGGUUUAUCGCGGCUAGGCUUCGUCUUCAGCCUCUCGGUCGUUGACACGGUGAACCUGGACUCACUGCUUUUGCCGCGAAGCUUGGCACAGCUGGAAUUCACUUGCUUGGUGCUGAAAUCCGUUCACCUUGGCUUGGCGUCGUUGCCACGGAGCCCUAAUCGUUUGGAGAGCGUCACGCUGGUGUUUGGUCUUGGUCGGUUUGAUCCGCUUUCACCAACAUUGGAUCAUGUGACUUCAGAGCCUUUCUCAUCCGUGAGAGCAGUGGUCCAGCUGGGCCUGGCAGCGUUGGUGUCGGAUUUCCUGCACUUGGCCUUGCCCCUUUUGUCGCGUAGCUUUGGCCAUGGGGACUCCAUGCCUUUGGCCUUUGGUUUAACACGUCUCGAGCUUCUAUCCUCACUGUCAGUGAUUGAGACAGGAGCUCUGGAGCCCUUCUUGUCGGCACAAAGCUUUGCACAACUCGAAUUGCAAGUCUCUGUGUUUAACUUCGUCAAGUUGGGCUCGUCCUCCUUUCCGCGCUCCUUUGCUCAAGCAGGUCUCGUGCCCUUCGUCUCCAGUUCAGUCCGUUCCGAUUCCAGCCUUUUGAUCUUGGACGCCAGCAAGCCCGAGCCGUCCUCAUCGGCGAGAAGCAUGGCACGGCCGGCGUUGGGAUUAUCGGCCUUUGACUUUUUACACCUCGGAUCUUCAUCAUCAUUUCAAAGCUUCGUGUUCUUCCUAUCUUUGGUGGACGCUGCGCACUUGGACUUCUUGAUGUUUUUGAGAUCUCGUGCUCAUCCUGACCUUGCAAUGCUGGUCUCAGACUUCUUGAGGCUGGGCUUUUCGCUGUCCUCACGGAGUAUGGCACACUCUGAGUUCUUGGCUUCCACGAUUGGCAUGACGCGAACAGGCUUCAUCUUCCUUCUGUCGGUGAUUGAGAUGACGACUCUGGAGCUCUUGUCAUUGGCAAAGGGCACUGCAAGGAUUGGUUUGGCACUCUUGGCAUUGGAUCCUUUACAUUUGGAGUUCUUCAUAUCCCUCCAAGGCUUUGGACGCUCUGAGUCGCCGGCAUUGGCCUUUGAUUUCCUUCACAUGGACUUCCUGCCUUCUCUCAAGAGCUCUGGUUGUAUGGAACUGGCACCGUCGACUCUGGGUUUGACGCGUGCAGGCUUCAUCUCCUUGCUGUCCGCCAUCAGUAGCGUCUACCUCGGCUUCGCGAUGUUUCUACACAGUUCAUCUCACCUUGAACCUGCGCUAUCCGCCUUGGACCUUUCACACCCAGAGCUUUCUUUGCCUCUCCACUCCUUUGCACACUGUGGUUCGAGCUUUCUGGUCUCUGGCCUCAGUCGUUUCGGUUUCGCACCUUCCAUCGUGGACACCGCCCUGCUGGGCUUCUCCUCAUCCGUGAGGUCCUCACUCUGCUCGGAGCUCUUCCCGUUGGCCUCGGACGCUGGUCGAUUGGACUUGUCGCUGUUGCUCCACGGUCUCGGACGGUUGGACUUCCUGCUUUUGGCCUUUGGGCUGGCAUGGCUGGGCUGCUUGGCAGAAGGGACGGGAAGUUUCAUGGCGCUGGCCUUGGAUGCCUCCAAGCUGGGCUUGCUCUUGUCCUUGAGGAGCUUUGCUCGACUAGGCUUGGUGCUGUUGGCCCUGGAUUCUCUUCAUCUGGACUUCACCCUAUUCCUGCACCAGCUCGCCCAGCCCGACAGCGCUUUGCCACUCUUCAAGAUUGCACGCAUGGACUCCAUCUCGCUGGCUUUAGACUUCCUCCACUUGGACUUCUCGACGCCUUUGCACAGCCCUGGGUACUUCGGUUCAGCUUCGUCGGCGCCGGACUCUUUGCAUUUAGAUUUGACCACCUUCACGCGGAGCUUCACCCACUUGGGCGUUGCUGCACUGCUCUUUGGCAUCGCUCGCGCAGGCUUGGUCUUCUUGCUCUCAGUCGUCGACCACACCACCUUGGGCUCUUCCUUGCCGUCACAAAGCCGCGCUUGCUUCGGUUCCGCAGCCUUGGUCUUGGACUUCUUCCGUUUGGGCUUUUUGCUAUCAAUCCGACACGUCUCACGGAUUGGCCUCACACUCUUGUCGAUGAGUAAAGCCUUCAUGGAGUCCUUCUUGUUGAUCUCAGACUCUUCCUCCUUGGGCUUCUUCUCAUUACCCCAAUCCUUCGCUUGA